AUCAAAAACAUUAGAAUACAAUGAUGAGCAUCUUCCGAUCACAAACAUUAAAAUUAAAAUACGAUAAUAUCACAGCAUCUUCCAGUGCACAAACAUUAAAAUACACACAAUUCUACCGACUAAAUACUUCUAUCAAAGCAAACCCAAUUACAAUUCCUACUCAAAAAGUAUUGAAUAUUAGUAUAUUCUACGAACAAUACCUGUUUUAUCAUUCAAGCAUCAUAUCAGAGAAGUAAUGGCGACCCAAAUGAACGUUUAUUCAGUGUGGGGACUUCCAUCAGAUGAUGUAAAGAACAGGGUAAAAAAGGUGAUGAAUACCCUUCAAUCCGAAUUCAACGCUCCUGAUUUUGAUCCUCAUGUUACUGUUGUUGGGGCCAUCAAUUUAACACCGGAAGAUGCCCUUAACAAAUUCAAAUCAGCAUGCCAAGGUUUGAAGGCCUACACUGCUUAUGGUAGGGGCGUUACCACCGGAACUUUCUUCUAUCAGUGCGUUUUUCUCUUCCUUGAUACAACCCCUGAGGUAGUUCAUACUAGUGAUCAUUGUUGUGGCCAUUUCGGUUAUAAUCGGAACACUUCUUACAUGCCACACAUGAGCCUGCUAUACGCAGACCUAACCGAUGAAGAGAAAAAGAAAGCGCAAGAUAGAGCUAAUGUCUUGGAUGACAGCCUCAGAAAUUUAAACUUCACAAUAAAUCGCUUGGCACUAUACAAAACUGAUACCGAAGAUAAGUCGCUCAAAUCGUGGGAAAAGGUGGCUGAAUAUGAUCUCGAAGCUAUGUAACUUUUUGUGCAUACUUGUUAAAUAUGAUUAUAUGAACUUCCAGAGUUCCGAAAAUUUCCUGUAAUUUUUAGAUCGUCACAAGUCAGAUGCUUCUAUAUGCAUUCCUACUGGCUGUGGCCUGUGGCUGUACGUUUUCGUUGGUUUAAAGCUUGACAUUGAGUCACGUUUAGCAAUAAUAAGUAUCGUUUUGACAGCAGUUCGAUAAUUACUAUACUGAAUCUAGUUUCAGCUUAACAAGUUCCUGUUAACAGACUGUGUAAACUAGGAUCUAUAGCUGUAUUCAGUUUCUGAUUCGAUAUAUUCUUCAGCAGAAACAUAUUUAGUAA